AUGCCUACACUGGGUGCACUCCGCUUGAUGGGCAUUCUUAACAAUCCUCAGAUGCCUGCGUCAAGCGAGCCGGGAAUGAGUCCGAUGCGCGUGUAUUUGAGAAGGGCGGGGCUAAGGCCCACACCAAAACCAAUCUGCUACGCCAACGGAAGGAGAUCCCAAAAUCCGCCUACAUACAUGGAGAACCACGAGCUACACAAUCCCCCCCCCGUUUCUCUGCCCCCCGCACCUUCCCCCACCUUGUUCAACCAAGCUCAGCCCGCGAUCAACUUCACGCAGCUUCAACCAGAAGAUUGA